AUGUCUUCAACAUUAGAUCAAGGACCACGGCCCAAUUCAACUCAGACUCUCUCAUCCGACAAAAGCACCGACCUGGAGAGUCUGCCAAUCCAAGAACAAGCAGCGCCGAACCACGUCUCAGUGAUCAAAGGGCUAGGAUAUCUCGAUCGUUUCCUCGCACUCUGGAUCCUUCUCGCCAUGGCGGUGGGCAUUCUUCUCGGUAAUUUCGUCGAAGAAAUCGGGCCAGCGCUUCAAAAGGGCAAAUUCGUUGGGGUAUCCAUACCUAUCGCCAUAGGUCUACUAGUUAUGAUGUAUCCCAUCUUGUGCAAAGUGCGUUACGAGACUUUACACCGUCUUUUCCGCACUCGCGCACUCUGGGUGCAGAUCGUUUUCAGUAUUGUCAUGAACUGGGUUAUCGCCCCACUGCUUAUGCUCGGUCUUGCGUGGGCAUUUCUUCCUGAUCAGAGCGACCUGCGAACAGGAUUGAUAUUGGUUGGUUUGGCACGAUGCAUUGCCAUGGUCCUUAUCUGGAACGGGCUUGCAGGUGGCGACGAUGAAUACUGUGCCAUUUUGGUAGCAGUCAACUCUAUUCUCCAAAUGAUACUCUAUGCGCCCCUCGCCAUCCUCUUCGUCAAGGUCAUCAGCCGCGAGACUGGCACCGUCGCCGUCUCCUACGAAACAGUCGCCACGAGUGUCGCCGUGUUCCUCGGUAUACCUCUUGGCGCUGCGAUUCUGACACGCCUUUUGCUUCGCAAGCUGGCAGGUGCGAAGUGGUACGACCAGGUGUUCCUCAAGUGGCUUGCCCCAUGGUCACUCGUCGGCCUCCUCUACACCAUUCUCGUUCUCUUCGCCUCUCAAGGACAACAGGUCGUUCAUCAAAUCGUCUCCGUCGUUCGAACCGCCGCACCCCUGAUGGUACACUUCGUUGUCAUCUUCUUCUUCACAUUCUUCGUGUGCAAUAAGCUUGGGUAUGGAUACAAGUUGGGAGCAACCCAGAGUUUCACGGCUGCGAGUAACAAUUUUGAGCUUGCUAUCGCUGUUGCCGUCGCGACGUAUGGUCCCAAUAGCGACCAGGCACUUGCCGCCACAGUAGGACCUCUCAUUGAAGUUCCUGUGCUGAUCGGCUUGGUGUAUCUGGUAAAGUGGAUGGGUUAG